AUGCAUGCCACUCUUUUAUCCUCGGCCUUGGCUAUUGGGCUAGCCCAGGCGUACACCGUCACCAACAGUGGCCGGUUUAUGUACAAAAACAUCGAUCCGAUCGUCUUGCCUGGACAAUAUACCAGCCAUAUGCACAGCUUCUUUGGCUCUGAUGCCGUCAAUAUCAACACCACCACCUCUGCUGACCUGCAGAAAGGAUGCAUUAGCACUGAAAACCUAAACGACUUUUCCACCUACUGGGUUCCCACUCUCUACCAUGUCGACGGUGACAACUACACUGCCAUCUCUCCCUACCGAUUCAGCGCCUACUACGAAAGAACCGCCAGCGCCGAGAUGGCCAUUCCCCAGAACCUCAAAAUGGUGGCGGGAAAUUACUCGGCCACAUCCCAGGAUGGAGUCGACAGCAACGCAGGCAUCACAUGGUUCUGCGAAGGCAGCGAUUCAGGCGACAAAGAUGGCGAUGCUGCCUUUCCCACCAAGACCUGCGACACGCAUAUGCAGACACUGCUUCUCUUCCCGGACUGCGCCAACAACAAGACCUUGGAGUAUGCGUACUCGGGCAACCCCGACUACAAUCCGGGAUACCGUGAGAACCGCUGUCCAAAGGAUAUGUAUCGCAUUCCUCGUCUUCGCUUCUCCAUCCGCUAUGAUCUGCGCAAGAUCCUUCCCGACGGCUGGUCUGGCCCUCCCCCUCUGCAGCUUUCCUCUGGCUCGUCAUACUCCACGCAUGGUGAUUUUAUCAUGGGCUGGCUUCCCGAGGCAGCAGACAACAUGGUCAAGGACGCCCCUUCCAACGAUAGGGAAUAUUUCAGAGUCUUGGGUCCGAACGACAUCAAAAAGAACGGUUCUGUCUGUACGAAUGCAACUGACAGUGACCCAAGUCAUGGCACGAGUGAUUACUUGACGAGUCUGAAGAUGAUGGGAAAGAGUAUGAGGAGACAUCUGGCCAGCCACCGACGGGGACAUUAUUAA